CUCCUUGUUAUGAUAAUAAAUAAACUGCUUAUUGUGAGACGAGAACUGGCAUUGUGUCAUACCAUAAUUCAAUCAAUCAAGCAAACCAUAAAUGGUAUGUAAUCGUGACAUUUCUGAGUUUUGUUUAUAUGGGAAUUUGUACUGGUUAGUGAUCAUAAGGGAGCGACCGUACACAACUACGGGUUAUUAGAGAUCAGGAGAAAUCGUAUUAUUAUUGCACUGCCAGAACACUGAUGGUCGUUCACGAUCACGACCCAACUGAAAUUGGCCGGCCCAAUUCAUCACCAAAACAACGGGAAUCAUAUACUGAAAGAAAUGAGUCAGAAUUAGAAGAGGGAAAAAAGCAAUAUGACGUCAGCACUUACCCAAGAAGUAAGUUGCAUAAAGAAAAACAUGAUGGCUUACAGUAUUUCAAAGUUGUCCAUAUUCUCGGCCUAAGAAAUUUGGAUCAUUUUGGAAAACUUCCUGGUGACGUAAUACUGCACAAUGGCACGAAAGACAGAAUACUCAUAGAACUGGAGAAAAACUAUGAAGUAAAGGAUGAGUCUAUCAGACAAAGCCUGAGUGCACAGCUUUUGAAUGAUCUUGGAUUUGAACGCCAAAGCGAUGCUGUCAAGACCAUAUUAUCACGAUCAAAUCUAGUACCAGAUCAUGUCGACCCCAUAGAUGCUGUGACGCGUUUUGUGGUAGAUAAAUUCAAGUACAAUGAAAACUGCAAGACGGAAUGGGAAAAGAAGAACCCAUUGACGGGAACUUUACCUGAAGAUGUUACUCAACGCCUUUAUUGCAAAACUGCCUUUGAAGGGGCUAGUUUGGGGGUUCUCGGAUACGACAUAGAGUCUGUGAUCAGAACCAGUAUCAAUGAAUUACAAGAAUCAAACCACGUCCAAGUUCUAUAUCAUGGAACCGACAUGGAUAGCGCCUAUGACAUUUUAAAGGGUGGUAUUGCUGUAAGCAUGGGUUCUCAGAAACGAGACUUCAGCGAUGGAAGGGGCUUCUAUCUGACCAAGAACUUUGAAGACGCCAAAAAUUGGGCAUUUAGUACAACACAAAAGCCAGUGGUCUUAGUGUUCUGCAUACCGAAAACGCUUCUCCGAGAGGCAAAAAAAUUAAGUUUGUUGGGAGAAUCGGAACGGAGUCGGUGGGAAAUGAUCGUCAACGCGAAUCGCUCAGGAAUCCUUGAUUGGCAGAUGCGACAGAAGUUGAAAGAAUUUGAAUGCAUCGAAGGCCCUGUUUCUUCAGUAUCAGACGGCAUCCGAAGACCGAAACCCAAUUCAUACCAGCUAUGCAUAACCAAGGAAAAUUUUGCUGACGUAAUCAGCAAGUAUUUAAAGAGGAUCGUUCAGUUUUGCGACAAUGAAUGACUUAUAAGUGACUUAAUAUCACCUGCAAUUCACACCACAAUAUACACUGUAUUUUAUACAUUCUGUUGUAUAGCUUCUUUAUAUUUCACAAUAUAUUUUCUAUAUUUUCCUACAAAUCUCCCAGAUAACGGAAUCUCAAGAAUUCGGGCCGUAUCUUCCGGUCUCAAUUCAACAUAAAAUCCCCCAGUUUUUCGAGAAACAUGGCAAAACUAUCACGUCUUUUACACUAUAUUUACAAAAUAUUGGACCUGAUUUUUACUUAAAUAUAUCAGUGGUCUGCGGCCAAUAAUAUUAGCUUUCCAAACAAAUUUAUAGUAAUCCUUACUCUUAUUUCCACGGUUCGAUCUAUUCUUAAAAUAUUAAGCCUAGUAUGAGAUGAAUAAGGCCAUCAACACAUUAAUGCUUCAUGAAAUGGAAAACACUAGAAUUUCGUUUCCAAUGGGAUUGUAGUAAUCAAUUUAGUGAAGGUAUCAGGCACUAAAAGCCAUUAUAAAUACAUUCAGUAAAAUAUUUCAGACUGACGAGUUUAACAAAAAUCAACGGUCAGUGCGAAGCAUGCAUGCGCUCACAAACUCCCACUAAUAAACAAAAUACUCGUUUUCAAUUUCAAUUUAUUUACAUUGCAUAUUUCAGGUUAAAGGUAAUAUUAAAGGAAAUAAUUUAUUUAAAGCAUUAAAGACUAUCUAUGACCAUAAAGUGUUUCUAUGUGGACGACAGGCAAACAAAUCGUUCGAUUUGACUAUGUAUUUUCAUUUAUUAUUACGAAUAUUACCUGUCAUUGCCUGUUCUCAAAAGCUUUGAAAAACGUUGGUAAGAAAGCGAAAAAUCUAGUUCACGGUCGUAGCGAGAAUCUGACAUCUUCGAGACAUCUGUCAGGCCGACCGAGGUAACGACAUUUUGAAAGAGCCUUGGGCCGAAACAUAUCUUAUAGCUGUGGCGUUAUUUUUACUGUCAUUGCUUACAUGAGGCUGAUUGAUGUAACUGCUGAGUUUUAAAAUUAAAAAAGCUGAUUGUGCCAAACUAAAGAUGACUAAGGUAUUCAUUUCCUAAUUAACAGAUUGAAAAAGUCUCGAUCUCGAUUUCAUAAUAAAUUCUAUUUUUAAAAACACCCUCUGGCUUCCCAGAACGCGCCAUUGUGUUAUGUGCUCUUCAGAAAUAUU